UUUUGUACACUUACCAAUUAGUUUAAAAACAAUUUUUAGGCAAAAUAUAAUUUAAUGUUAAAUGUGCCGAUUACAAAAAUAGUUGGAGAAUAAAACAUUUAUCUCACAAGAUCCUCAAUCUUCACUUCAUCAACGGUUAAAACGACGUCAUUCGGCAGAUAAACAAAUAUUUCGAAACUAAAACGACACCGUUUAGGUGAGAUACAAAGUAUUUACCAUCAGAACGUCGUCGUUUUGCGCUUAAAAAUCGAUGCCUUCCCUCUCCGAUGUCUUUUCUCGUCUCCUCUCGCCGUCUCUCUCGCCGUCUCUCUCGCCGUCCCCACCGAGUCUGAAACCUACUUUCACUAGACCAUCUCCCCAGCUCUCCUUCAAGUCUGAUCACGGUGACGUCACCAACCGCGUGGCGUACCCUUCGCUGGCAAACGCGAACCUCGUCUUCUUCAAGUCGGGGAACUACAACGUGGAGGUGGUGCCGAAAGACGGAGAGACGGAGGAGCAGCUGGUGAACGAUUUCAAGAGAUCGGUGUUCAGAGCGGGCGUGCUGCAGGAGACGAGGCGGCGGCGGUUCUUCGAGAGCGCCCAGGAGAAGAGGAAGCGUAAGACCAAAGAAGCUGCUAAGAAGUAUCGUAAACGGAGGCCAAACCCUAAACCUAAACAGCAUUCAGCUCCCUCAGAAGUCACUAAGAGCAGAAGAGAAGUUGAAGAGGAUGAUAAUUGGGAGCUUCCUCCCGAGGAAACUGAGAUUCCGUAUACCGACCGGUUCUAGUGAUAAACCGGGAUUUAGAUUCCGGUUUAAUGAAGUGAAUGUAUAAUCCACUAUUUUUGUAGGUCUCUUGAGAUGUUUGUAGCUUAACUGACUCCCACCCCCCAACAAAUUAGAAAUUUGCAU